CAAUCAACUCGACCAGCCUUUCAGCCAUUGAUCCUUAAAAUUAUGUGUGUAAUCAUCUCACAACCUUAGUCUCAACAAAGGUUUUAUUAUUGUCUUGUAGGCCUCGUUAUCUUCAUGAGGGCAGGAUCCCAGAUGGGUCUUCUGGAUGUUGACCAUGGACACGUGCUGCCAUUCAGGGCUCAGGAAGUCCAGAACACGCGCCAGACAGUGGGGUUUGAGCACUCUGAGUGGUUCUCCAGUGGUCCGAGGUGGGUGCAGGUGAAACUCUCCUGCAUGGAGAGGCUGGACGACUCUACGAAGAAGCAGUGGUGGCACCUGACCAACACCUUAUAUGUGGAGACCCCAGAGCGGUACUGUGGUGGGAUCAUCCAUGUGACAUCCCGCAUUGAGACGGAGGCCAGCUUUAAUCUGGAGAUGGAUGGAGUCCAGAUGGUUGAGAUUUCUAAGACCUUCCAGGAAAUGACCAUCUCUGCAGAUGGAAGGGUGUCGACCACGGAACGGACUCAAUCCUUCGUGGUCCCUGCUCCUACCUUCCCUGUUCCUCCUGGCUCUAGUCCUGACACUCCUGGACCUGAUGCUGCCUCUGGUUGUGAUGCUCCUGGCUCUGACACUGCUGCCUCAGGUUGUGAUGCUCCUGGCUCUGACACUGCUGCCGGUCGUGGCGCUGCCUCUGAUCCAAAUGCUUCCUCUGGUCCUGAUGCUUCCUCUGGUCCUGACGCUGCUACUAUUUCUGAUGCUGCCCGUGGUCCUGGCACUCCUAGUUCUGGCUCUGUCCGUGGUCAUGGUUGUGGCGUUGUCCAUGGUCAUGGUGCUGCUGCUGAUCUUGGUGCUGUCGGUGCUCCUGACCUCGCAGGUCCUGGCACUGUCCAUGGUACUGACGCCGCUUGUCCUAAUGCCGCAGGUCCUGACGCCACUGGUGGUGCUGCUGACUCCUCUGCUGGCUCUCUGAGCUCUGCUCAGGGGUCAGGAGACAGCAACCUGCUGCUUGAGGCCUUGCAGGUUCCCUCCCUCUACCAGCUCUUCCUGUCCACGGGUCUGGAGGACUUCUCUCUGAGGCUUAAUGGCCUGAGACAAGCGUUUGCUGUCUUGCUCACAGAGGAGCAGUACUCCAACUUCAUCACCAUGGCAGGGAAGAUGAUCUUGCGCACCGUGGCUGCUCUCAACGGACAGGAUGCUGGUGCAUUUCAGCAGGCCUUUGACCAGCUGGUGGCCUUUGCCCAGACUCCUGGUCGUGCUCAGACCAUCGAGACUGAGCUGCUGGAGGUUCAGAUCCACAGUGUCAAACUGCUGGACGUCAUCUUUGAGAUGGUGUUUUUCGGGCAGCUUGAGGGGGCUCGUGCCAGGCUGGCCCCUCGGGUUCAGGGUGGGUUCCUGGAUCGUCUGGUGACAGUGAUCCAUGCCUUCCUGCCCUCCGAGGCGUGGCCACCUCAGGCAGUACAAUGCUGGGAGCUGCUGCAGGCUGAUGUGCUGGGUUUCGGUGUGCCGGUUAGUGCCAUCCAGUAGGACCAUUUACACACGAGGACCAUUUACACACGGGAACACAGCUGCCAACCUUUGUGGACCAGAUGGAUAGGAAAAAGAGUUUUUUGUUUGGUUUUAAACCAGUAAAAAAAAUAUUUUAGCUCAACAACCUGUGAAGUUUCCAUCUAUUCUUUGACACA